AUGCUCAGCAAUUGCAGGUCUUUGCUAAAAGCUAAACCCUUGCAAACUUCUUUCCCGCAUGUCGGCAAGAUCCUGGAGCGCGAUAAUGUUGGUGACGUCCUACGGGCCCGACUCGCCUGCAAGCACUGGCACACCUGCUUCACCCGCUGCGUCGCACGCCUCACCCUAUAUGGCGCCCCCGUACCCCUUCCCGCCGCUGCCAACGACUACGCCUCAGCGUCCCAGCCCUUCCCACCUCCGAAACCACUGGCUACGGCUCAGGAUUGGCCCCACCUCGAACUGCAGGCACAGGCACAGCUUCAGCAGACACAGCAGCUGCUGCAACCCGACUUAUCCGCCACACCGCAGGAGCCCCUUCCCCAUGCAAGGAUGCCACCUGGGCUCCCGCGUCAACACCCCUCUAGCCCGCAUCCAUCUGCGCGCUACGGCCGCCACAUUCAGCUCAUCCCGUCCCUUGCACCCACCAUCAAGCACGUCACUGUCUGCGGUCGCGCCUGUGACCUGGCCGGCCUGCGAGCGCUAGCUGCCAGCCUGCCGUCGCUUACCAGCCUCUACCUAGCUGCUUCGUCGUACCCUGCUGCUCUGCCGCCGCAGCUACAGACGCAGCUACAGCUAACGCCGCAGGCCGCUGCACCGCACGAGGAGUUGAACCCAGUAACGACAGCGGCAGUAGCAGCAGCGGUGGACGCGAAGGCAGCAGCGGCGGAGGCAGCACCCGCUGGGUUAGAUCUGCUGCUCGUCCCACGCGGCGGGGGAGGGGGAGGGGGAGGGGAUGGUUACUGGCCCCCUGCGCCGCCGCGUCUGGAAAAGCUCUGGGUUGCGUUACAUGAGGACGUACCGCCGUACACCCUACAUCAACUGCUCCUGCUGCAGGGACCUAGCGCCGUCGCUGUCGCGCCCUUGCGUGAGCUAGGGUUUCUCCCCCCCAAGGCCGUCGGCGUCGACGUCAGUGGCGUCGGCGCAAGCUGGGUGAGACCUGCAUUUGUACGACGCAUGCCGUACAUGGACUUGUCACCGUUGCUUGACCCACGUCUAGCCGGCGUCACGCGUCUUGUGCUGCCGGCGAUGAGUAACCGCCGCGAAGAGCAGACGCCGCUGCCGCCGGCGGCGGCGGCGGACGCUCGUCAUCGGCUUCCGGAGCAGCGGCAGCAGCAGCAGCAGCAGGAACCGCCUGUACAACGGCAGCAGCAACAGCGCGUCCAAGCACCUGGACACGGGCAGGCAGGCCGUACGGAUGGCGCAUACGACAGUGGCUCAGGGCCCAGCCCGGGGCCUGGGGCACUAGGGUUUGAAGACAUCGUGAGUCGCAUGACUCAGCUCCGGAGCCUCACCGUACUGUCGCAGCUGUUAACCUCCCUGGAGCUCAACUUCCUGUCGGAGUGGUGGAUGGAUGCAGGCGACCUAUGUGUGCUCAGCCGACUAGCUCAACUUCGUCGUCUCAAGUUUUCCCUGGAUUACGGACUUGAGUGUGCUGACGUCAUGAGCGAGGACGAGCAGUACGAACAUGGCAUGUACGACACUGGUCCAAACUUGGACAAGCUGCCAACGGAUCUGGAGACCGGAGCGGCGAUGGAGAUGGAGAUGAUCGAGACGGACGCGGGGAUGGAGGGGCAGGUUUUGGAGCAAGGACGGGAUGUUGCUAACGUGGCCGUGGUUGCCGUGUACGACAGGCAACAGGGCCGACGACAGCGCCACGAACUGGCUGGCAAUGUGGCCGGCGAGGUCAGCGGAGGCCAGCGGAGGAGGAAAUACGACACGGUGGACGAGCUGGCGAGGGCGAUGGCGGCGGUGUUGGGGCGCGGCGUCGUGCAGCGCGGGCGCGGCGCUCGCGUGUCGUACGGGCACAUUUUAUGCCUGGGCCUUAUGACCGAACUGCGGUCCCUAACGCUGUCCUUCGAGGUUACGCCGCCACCUGCUUGUACGGCACGACCAUCCCCCGCCAGCGGCUGCAGCGUCGCGGCCGAAGGGCGCUACGACAAAGCGGAUCGCACGAACCAAUACGACAAUCCUCUGCUCGUCCUAUCCCGCCUCCGUCUCCUGACGGAGCUUCGAAUCCAUAUCAAGCAGCCUCAAGGGUCGGCGUACGGCAUUUACGAACCCAGCGCCAGCGAUAGCGGCGGUGCCGCAUUCUUGGUGGCCGCGCCGAUGGACGAUGACGUCCUGGGGGAGGGAGCGCUGGCGGCGGUUGGCCGCCACGGCGCGCUGCGCUCCCUGGAGCUACGUCUUAAGGUAUUCCCUCCGCCGACAUCGUCGUCAAAUAGUCCGAAGCCGAAAUGGGUCACUGGGGCCGCUGGCGGCGGCGGCGGCGGCGGCGGUGCCGCCAGCAGCUCCAUGCCGGGCAUCGGAUACGGCAGUUACUACGCGCUGCGCGCCGCGUUGGCGAGACCCGGAGCGGCUGCCGCCGCCGCCACCGCCGCCGCCAGCGGCGCCGUCGGCAUCAUCAGCCUCUUCGACAGCAGCGCCGUAACGCCGCUGGGUGUCUCGCCACAGGGCCCAGGUAGCUACGCGGCCGGAUGCGGCGCCCAAGGUUACUUGCCGCCGCUCGUACAGGUGGACAGCGGCAGUAGCGGCGCCGCCGCUGCCAACGAUGUGGCGGCAGCGGCGGCGGAAUCUGUAUGUCGUUCUGUAGACUGGCGGGAGCGGCUGCUGGCGGCUGGGGUACAGGGCAGCGAGGAGCUUCUGGCAGAUGUGCCGUACUUUGUACGGCCUCACCACUUGCCGCCAACGCUGACUGCGUUGGACCUCACCAACGCCGCCUUCUCAGCUGAGUGGGCCUUAUGUACACAACUGGCCGUGCCGCCGCCGCCGGCAGCGGCUACAGCUACGGCAGCGGCGGCGCCGCCGCCGCCACCUGGGACGCUGUUGGAACCCCCACGGGGCAGCCGCCGCGAAGGGGCCCUGGACCCCACGCGAAUUACCGACUGGCACCUAGUCCACCUCACAGCCUGCCACCCCACCCUGGAGCGCCUGGAGCUGUACGACAUAGGUGACGAUGGAUGUGGUUUCGGAGCGGCGGAGGCUCCGGAUGUCAAACUCCAUCACAGGGCGGUUGCGCAGCUGGGUCGCCUGAGGUACCUGUACGGCCUCCUCGUGGGGUCCCCUAGCUGUGUAGGGGGAUAUACGGGGGGGAGGAGGGGGGGCAAACCCUAA